GACUACACAGUGCAUGAUAUAGUAGUACUAGUUGAAGAAACAAAAAAAUUUUGAAAUCUAAAUCUAAAUUGAGAAAAAGCAACCACCCCUGUGAUUAUAGGUCUCGAGUUCCCCGGAGAAUGCAAACAGAGUGAACUGAAGUACUCAUUUUCCGGUAACCGCAGAUCCACACGCCCUCGCCGCCAUGUCGAUCGAGGAGCUGAAAUCUGCUAUGAAUGAACACGUUGAUCUUAUGUCAGAUCUUGUUCAGAAGAUCUCUUCUGAACUUCGUACCAACCUUCGUCCUGCUUACGAUAACUUCUUAGGUUUCUUUCAUGCCAUCGAUUGGAAGGAGCCCUGGCUACUGGGAUUGUUAACAUUUUAUGUUGUAUUGCUGCUUGUAACUAUCAUCUCUAGGAAGAAUCCCAACUUUCAGAUGUGCCUGUUCUUUUUGACGUUGGCUGGUGUAUAUCUUGCUGAGAGACUUAAUAGUUUUCUGGGGGGACACUGGAAAAGCUUCUCUAGUCAAAACUAUUUUGAUCCAAGUGGAGUAUUUAUGUCAGUUCUUUGGUCUGGACCUCUUCUUGCAUUGGCUAUGAUAAUCUUGAUCAAUACACUCUUUUCCUUAUGUUACUUGAUUGUUAAGUGGAAAAGAGCUGAACUAAGACAUCGUGCAAGGGCUGCUCGUAGUAAGCAGGAAUAGUUGAUCUGUAGUAGGAUUUUGAUGGACUGAUCUGUAGUAGGAUUUUCAUGUGGAUUAAGCCUGUUUGUUUCUACGUUUACAUUACCAUGGACAUGUGUUUCUUUAACACUUAAAUUUGGAGCUUCAGCUUUUUCACAUUGGGAUGUAUUGCAGAGGUAAGUUUACUUUGCCAAAAGCGCAACCAUACACAUAUUGAUGUAGUGGGAUUUUAUGGAUUCAACGAUGAAGGAACUCGUGUCAAUUAGAUGAUGUAAUCACAUGGUCAUAUAAAUGAGUUGUUUUUUUCUCUCUCUCUUAAACAUGGAACUUUGUUAUUUGAACAUCAAAAUACAAACACAGUAUAAUGUUAAAUUCUA